CAUAUAUAUUUUCCCCUAAUUGUCAUCUUUGCUGCUCUUUCUCUGCAGGUUCUGUCACUGGGAGCGGACGUCUUGCCGGAGUACAAACUUCAAACACCUCGUAUCAAUAAGUUUACUAUAUUGCACUAUAGCCCCUUCAAAGCCGUAUGGGACUGGCUCAUUUUGUUGCUUGUUAUUUAUACCGCGAUUUUCACUCCUUAUUCAGCUGCCUUCCUACUUAAUGACAUAGAGGAGCAGAAGAGACGCACAUGUGGAUAUUCCUGCAACCCUCUGAAUGUCGUAGACUUAAUUGUCGAUAUCAUGUUUAUUAUCGAUAUCCUCAUAAACUUCCGGACCACAUACGUUAAUCAGAACGAAGAAGUUGUCAGCGAUCCUGCAAAAAUAGCUAUUCAUUAUUUUAAAGGCUGGUUCCUAAUAGAUAUGGUUGCAGCGAUACCUUUUGAUUUGCUGAUAUUUGGAUCUGGCUCUGAUGAGCUCAUUGGACUCUUGAAGACUGCACGGCUACUUCGCUUGGUCAGAGUAGCCAGGAAGCUGGACAGAUACUCUGAAUACGGUGCUGCUGUCCUUAUGCUGCUAAUGUGUAUAUUUGCAUUAAUUGCUCACUGGCUUGCUUGCAUCUGGUAUGCAAUCGGCAAUGUGGAACGACCUUACCUAAUUCACAAAAUUAGCUGGCUGGAUGCCCUUGGUGAUCAAAUAAAGAAACCGUAUAAUUACAGCGACCCCAGCUCGGGACCAUCUAUCAAGGACAAAUAUGUCACAGCACUUUAUUUUACCUUCAGCAGUCUGACAAGUGUGGGCUUUGGAAAUGUGUCUCCCAAUACCAACUCGGAAAAAAUCUUCUCCAUUUGUGUUAUGUUGAUUGGCUGUAAGUAG